UCUCUUCUUAACGAGUUUUCUUCUCAAGUUUUAACUUUUAACCCGCUUCCAUUCCGUGUGGGGUUGGUUCCUAAUUCCUAGAAGGUAGCCGGCGUUAAGUCUUUCUUUACGGUUUACUCCCACCCCCGCUUCAAAACUCUAUAAAUAAGGGACAGAGGGUGCCAAGAAGAGGCUUGAAGGCGCAGUCCGAGCAUUGGUUUCCUCCUCGCCUUCUCUCCUAUGUCUCUUUCGUAUUCUCAACUCGUAAAAACCUUUCUCUUUAAGUUGUAACCUCAACUGGACCCAAUCUUUUCUCUCGUACCCAGAACACGAAAAGCAUGGUCGGAGCGUCUCUGGAAUCCAACGACGUCGCCGUCAAAGCAGCCAAUGUCAACCAUAAUCAUGACACCGUUAAAUACCUCUGUAGCUAUGGUGGCAAGAUUCUUCCCCGUUUCCCAGACGGCAAGCUCCGUUACGUCGGUGGAGAAACCAGGGUUCUUGCCGUUGAUCGUUCCACCCCAUUUUCAGAACUCUUGGUGAAGCUGGGUGAGUUGUGUGGAUCCUCAGUGAGUCUGAGAUGUCAGUUGCCGAACGAGGAUCUAGAUGCCUUGGUUUCAGUUACCUCGGACGAGGAUCUCGCCAAUCUCAUCGAGGAGUACGAUCGAGCCAGCACGAACCGAGACAGAGGCGCGUCGUCUCGUCCUCAUCUAAAGAUCAGAGCCUUCCUAUCGCCGCCCAAAUCCAUCAAACAAAUAUCACCACCUCCGUCGGCGAGCUCCUCCACCACCUCCAGUUUCGAGGCUAGGGCAGCAUCGAAAUCAUUGAACUCGGUCGCUGGCUCUUACUCGCCUACUCCAACCAUGGUGAUUGAUCGAUGCGUCCAUCACAUUUGUAAUACACCGUUGGGAUUUCCCGUCUACCUAGAGAAACCCGUGGGAAAACACCAUUAUUAUUGCUACCAUGCUCAAGGAAACCACGGCGGUAUCUACCUUGUACACAAUGGAAAUCACUGGCAAUAGUCCUAACAAAGGCAAGACAAAAGAAAAAGUAAAAAAUAAAAAAAUAAAACAGAAUUAAAACACGUACAGAAAAAAAAAAAAAAGUUCUUUGAAAGAUAUGAAGAAGACCUACCAGAUGAAGAGGAAAAGGAACCGGGAACCGAAGAAGUUAUUUGAUGUAAUUGGACUGUAAAUCGUUAAAAAGGAUUUUCGAAUCCGAGGCCAUUAAUGCAUUUUCAGUCCCAAUUUGAUGGUGGUUUUCUUCUUCUUCAUUCAUUAUUUGGGUUUGGCGCCACUGUUCCAGAACAAUUUCCGUUAUCCUUGGCGCAAAUCUCGCCGUUAGGGUUCCAUGAAUGAUGAAACGUCGUUGGUCGUUUAUUACAAUUGAGCGGAAAGGCAGGUGUCCAUUUGCAUUCGUGUGCAGUAUAUGCCACGUACACCGUUGGUUCUGACUUCCCAGUCAUUCACCUCUUGAUUUCUGCACUUCUCUUUGUCUAACACGUGUCGGACUAUGAUAUGAGAUGGAGGAGUCGGUACACUGGCUAGUUGAAGCCCUGAAUGGAUGGAUGGAUGACGAUGAUGCCAUGAUGGCAAGCAAAAGAUAAGACUUGUAAGAAAUUCGGUGAUACUUUCUUUUUUUAAUUUUUGCUAGAUUUUAUAUCCCUUUACACUUUAUAGGUUCAUAAUUCAUAUCUGGGACUCUGGCCCACUCGCUAAGUUGCGUUGUUGGUGUACACGUAUUUCACCGGAUCCAAGAAAAGUGAUAUGGCACGGUCACGGUGAUGUUAAAAAUACAAAGAGAUUAAGAGAGAGAACUCAAAUUGGAGAAAAAAAUGGGAAUAUUUGGUAAGUUCAUACUUCAUAGGAAGAAAAAAGAAGGGUGUAAGAGGGUGAUUGGUUUGGCUAAUUCUUCUCCCAAGAGGCGAGGCCUGAUAUUUCGAAAGUUUUGGGAGAUGAGAAGGCAGAAUUUAAGAAAUUUGAUUUGAAAAGUGAAGAAAACAACGCCAAUAAGAUGAAUGUAUGGAUAAACUCCCCCCUCUCUAUUAUCCAA